GUGACAUUGAAUUGGGGUUGGACCACAGAGCGGUCAAAUUGUCACUGCAGCUUCCCGGGCGCAGAAAGAAACGCACGAGCAAACAUUGUGCGAAAAAUGUCGAUUGGCGUUCUGUCGACGCACAGAAGUUUGAGCAUGCGGUCACGGCGGCUCUCCGGAGCAAGUUGGACAGCACUGCUGGCGACGAGUUGGUUGCAUCGACAAUGUGUGGCGCCAGCGACGGCGCUCUCAACGAGGCAAGUCAGGCGUGUGCAGCGAAAGGGCCGGCCCCGAAGAAGCGACAGGAGUUGCCGCUCUCGAUCCCCGAGUUCAUCAACGAAAGGAGGAGGGCCAAAGCGGCUCAGGGAGAGAUCGACUACCGGCCUCUGACGGGAAUCAGUAAACAGCUGCAGAAGGAGCUGCGGGCCUGGGAGAUGCAGAAAAGAAAAUCGCGAAUCGCCAGCAUCUUGGAGCAACGCCGGGGGAUCGGGCAGAUCCAGGACAUCGACAACGGACUCCGGAAGCAACGGCUGACGAGCGUGAAAGAUAAGAACGGAGAUGUGCACACCGACAG